AUGGGUGCCUCUCCUGCCGGACUCCUGCUGCUCGCCCUUGCUCUCAUCUGCGCAGUGCAGAUGAUGCAGGCAGCAUAUGCAGACGACACGGUGAACAGCAUGGCACACAGGAGAACGCUGAAAUCGGUUUAUGGAGACCAAACAGAACCACCAGCGACCGCGUAUGGGGAUCAAACAGAACCACCAAUUACCACAGAUCCUGCCUGUGCGGCGUUGGGCUGUGAGCCGGAUGGCACCUGUGAGGUGGAUCAAAAUGGGGAGCGCUACUGCAAGUGGGGUUCCCCUCUCUACCUCGCUUCCCCUCUCUACCUAGGUUCCCCUCUCUACCUCGCUUCCCCUCUCUACCUCGCUUCCCCUCUCUACCUCGCUUCCCCUCUCUACCUCGCUUCCCCUCUCUGCCUCGCUUCCCCUCUGCCUCGCUUCCCCUCACGUACCGCACUGCACCCAUCCCCACCCCUCACAGCCUCACCCUGUGGCGCCUGCCCUACUGGAGCCACCUGCAAAACUGUGCCUGCGACUAAAAACAGCUCGGUGCUGGUGCCUUACUGCGCGUGCCCUCAACGCUUUGGGAUGAUCGCCAGCGAUUGUGUUGCGGGUGAGAUUCGUUGA